AUGGAUUUUUUGUAUUGCAGAGUAACCUUUAUGGCACCAAUGUCUCAUCCGCCCUGUACGCCGUCGGCGUCAUGUACCCCCAUCCGAUGUCACCCUACUCCACCUCCAUGUCAAAAUCCGGAAAAAUGCCUCAAGAAAACCACUUCGAAAGGCAUAAAGCCAUGCCGGAGCGCGGUAUCCAUAAUGUCAACUCGCUCCAAAGCUAAAUGCGGCAGUUGUGGAAAAUUAAAAUCUUCCGACCCGCGAAGCGUUAAGGAAGUAGAAAAGUUCCUCAGUAGGAAGUCAAAAGAAGCGAAAAUGAGAAAAAAUGAUCAGCUAACGGGGAGCAAGUCCUACCUUAACUACACCAAAAAGAAAGGGUCGCCGAGAUCAGAUGCGGAUUGCUGUCUUGGAAAGGGUCAUCGAGGGAGAGUGUCGAGAGACCGGAAAUGUUGUGCAAUAUUGUAA